UGUUUACUAAUUGUUUCUGCAUUAAAACAUUCUAUAGAUUAAAACGAUAAUAAAUUGCGAAUUUGAACACAGUGGCUAAAUUGAAGGCGAUACAGUGAAUCCGAUUAUGCGUCAACAAUAAUUGCUGCCACAAAAAGGACACGGGGAUUGUGACAAAAGUUUAAAAACGUCGAAAAUGGACGAGUUGAAACUAAAAUCGAACAUCCAAUCACUUUUUGAGGGAGCUCGCAGAGACGGAAACUAUUUGAAAAUAUGCGCUCCAAUGGUCAGAUACAGCAAGUAGAUUGGAGUUUCGGAAUUUAGUUCGCUCGUAUGGGGUAGAUUUAGCUUUCACAAGCAUGAUAAUGGCUGAUUCAUUUUGUAGAAGUGAAAAAGCUCGUCUCAACGAAUUUACUACUAAUAGAGAUGAUUCUCCGAUUAUUGCGCAAUUUGCGGCAAAUAAUUCUGUGGACUUUCUUUCCGCUGCUGAAAUGGUAUUCCCAUACGUUGACGGUGUCGAUUUGAACUGCGGAUGUCCUCAACGUUGGGCGAUGUCCGAUGGUUACGGAAGUGCACUGCUGAAGACUCCCGAAAUUAUAGCUGACAUGUUAGCAGCUGUUCGCAGGAAUCUUCCCAGUACGUUCAGCGUUUCUGUAAAAGUGCGGUUAUUACAAAGAUCUUUAAAGGCUACAGUAGACAUGUGCCGCCAGUUACAAGCAAGCGGCAUAACAUUUAUUACAGUUCAUGGAAGGACACCAGCAGAGAAAACUAACGUACCAGUCGAUAAAGAGGCCUUGAAGGAGAUCAAAAACAGUUUAUCCAUACCUGUGGUUGUCAACGGAGAUGUGUUUAGUUUACGAGAUGCUGAUGUGAUGCGCGAUAUUACGAAUUGUGAUGGUGUCAUGGCCGCACGUGGGAUGCUUUCCAAUCCGGCACUAUUUGCGGGAUAUUCGAAGACCCCACUCGAAUGCAUACAACGUUGGCUUAACAUUACAGCUGAAGCAGACACCGACAUAACGUUUCAAGCUAUGCACCAUCAUCUCACUUUUAUGGCGGAAUCGAUACUUACCCGACAGCAGCGGAUCGUUUUCAAUAAUCUCUCCAAAGACAAGCAGUUGGUGUAUGAUUUCUUUCGAGAGGAAUUCCAACUUGAAGCACAACCUUGUGAUCAUCCUUGUAAACUUGUAUGUUCAUUCGACGACACUUCAUAUUGGCAUAAGGUGCGGGCGAAAGCGGCUGAUCAUGUUGGACAUGCUGACAAUUACUUAGGCGCGAGUACGGAUGGAGCGUUUUUCAAUAGCAUUGUAAAUAAACAAACUGACGAUGAUAGUGUGGAAGAUGUGGAUUUUAUGGAAGGAAGCCUAUUUGAUGACACUGAAACGUAAAAGAAUUGUAAUAAAUACAACGCGCUUUAGA